CUCUCUGCAGUCGUUCUUCAGCUUCAGGGAAAGGACGUCGCCUAAUGCAGGCUGACCUGCUGAUCUCACUCAGAAUGUCUCUGACUGUUUCUCUGCUGGUUCUGCUCUUCAUCUCUGGAGUUGUUGCUCAGAAUGGGUGGGGUGUGGAUUACAAAGAUAAGUCUAUCUGUGCUCUAAAGGGGUCUACAGUGACCAUGCGCUGCACUUACACAUAUCCAAGUGGUCCCGUUGUCCAAAAAGCUUUCUGGACCAAACAGUGGGGUCAAGGUUCAGAGCCUCCUGAUCUGUUAGAGUACAGUGGCAGAGCUGAGUAUAUCGGGGAUAAACAACACAACUGCACUCUCAGACUGAGGAAUGUGAGAGAAACUGAUAAAAGUAUAUAUUACUUCAGAUUUCUAACAAACCAAACUGGAGGACAGUAUCAAGGUGCAGGUGGAGUUGAUCUUUCAGUCACAGAUCUCCAGGUGGAGGUUCCUGAGAGAGUGAUAGAGGGAGAUGAAGUCACUCUCACAUGUAAAACCACCUGCAGUCUGACAGUCAGACCAACAUUCACCUGGUACAGAAAUGGACAUCCUUUAUCCUCCAGGACUGACCAGCUCCACCUGCAGCCGGUCAGCAGGGAGGAUGCAGGCAGGUAUCGCUGUGCUGUACUGGGUCUUAGCUCUCCUGAGGUCACUCUUAAUGUGAGAUAUCUCCAGGUGGAGGUUCCUGAGAGAGUGAUAGAGGGAGAUGAAGUCACUCUCACAUGUAAAACCAGCUUCAGUCUGUCUUACAGACCAAAAUUCACCUGGUACAGAAAUGGACAUCCUUUAUCCUCCAAUACUGACCAGCUCCACCUGCAGCCGGUCAGCAGGGAGGAUGCAGACAGGUAUCGCUGUGCUGUACUGGGUCUUCGCUCUCCUGAGGUCACUCUUAAUGUGAGAUAUGGUCCAAAGAGCGUCUCAGUGUCCAUCAGCCCCUCUGGUGAAAUAGUGGAGGGCAGGUCAGUGACUCUGACCUGCAGCAGUGAUGGAAACCCACCUGUGGAAUAUAACUGGAUUAAAGGAACAUCAUCAGUAGGAAAAGGAGAAACUUACACAAUGAAGGAGAUCAGCUCUGUGGACAGUGGAGAAUACAAGUGCAGGUCCAGUAAUGAACAUGGAGAGAAACUCUCUGAAGCUCUAACUCUGAAUGUUUUGUAUCCUCCAAAGAGCGUCUCAGUGUCCAUCAGUCCCUCUAGUGAAACAGCAGAGGGCAGUUCAGUGAAUCUGACCUGCAGCAGUGAUGCAAACCCACCUGUGCAGAACUACACCUGGUUUAAAGAAGGUGGAAGCUCACCUGUAGGAUCUGGACACAGUUACAUGGCUCCACAGAGAGGAUCCUACUACUGUGAGGCUCAGAAUGAACACGGAUCUCAGAAAUCAGCUGCAGUGACUGUAAAAGGGGUCUGGAAUUCAGCUCUAUAUGCAGUUAUUGGAGUCACAGCUGGAUGUGGAUGUUUAUCUGUUAUCAUUGCUGUAUUUUGUGUAAGGAGAAAGAGAAGAGACAAUUCAGCUGAUGAUGCAGACCAGACACAGGAAAAUCUCUACAGUAAUGUGGCCGUAAGACCUGCAACCAGUGACGCAGCACCUGAUCCAGAUCCGUCCAAUCAGGACGAUGUUCAUUAUGCCAGUGUUGGACCCCGUAAACCCAGAAACCCCAGGAAUGCCGAGAGCUCUGCAGGGACAGCUUCUGCCUUUGGGGCUGAUGAGGAGGUUCAGUACGCCAGCGUCCAGCACCGCAGUGAUAAAGUAGUACAGAAGACUGAAGUGGACGCUCAGUAUGCGAGUGUGAGGUUUAGUCGCACUGGUGCUGCCAACAGAUUUUCUACAUGUAUUACAUUCUUACUGUAUAUGAUCACACAGGCUGACCUGCUGAUCUCACUCAGAAUGUCUCUGACUGUUUCUCUGCUGGUUCUGCUCUUCAUCUCUGGAGUUGUUGCUCAGAAUGGGUGGGGUGUGGAUUACAAAGAUCAGUCUAUCUGUGCUCUAAAGGGGUCUACAGUGACCAUGCGCUGCACUUACACAUAUCCAAGUGGUCCCGUUGUCCAAAAAGCUUUCUGGACCAAACAGUGGGGUCAAGGUUCAGAGCCUCCUGAUCUGUUAGAGUACAGUGGCAGAGCUGAGUAUAUCGGGGAUAAACAACACGACUGCACUCUCAGACUGAGGAAUGUGAGAGAAACUGAUAAAAGUAAAUAUUACUUCAGAUUUCUAACAAACCAAACUGGAGGACAGUAUCAAGGUGCAGGUGGAGUUAAUCUUUCAGUCACAGAUCUCCAGGUGGAGGUUCCUGAGAGAGUGAUAGAGGGAGAUGAAGUCACUCUCACAUGUAAAACCACCUGCAGUCUGACAGUCAGACCAACAUUCAUCUGGUACAGAAAUGGACAUCCUUUAUCCUCCAGGACUGACCAGCUCCACCUGCAGCCGGUCAGCAGGGAGGAUGCAGACAGGUAUCGCUGUGCUGUACUGGAUCAGAACCUUCACUCUCCUGAGGUCACUCUUAAUGUGAGAUAUGGUCCAAAGAGCGUCUCAGUGUCCAUCAGUCCCUCUGGUGUAAUACUGGAGGGCAGUUCAGUGACUCUGACCUGCAGCAGUGAUGGAAACCCACCUGUGGAAUAUAACUGGAUUAAAGGAACAUCAUCAGUAGGAAAAGGAGAAACUUACACAAUGAAGAAGAUCAGCUCUGUGAACAGUGGAGAAUACAAGUGCAGGUCCAGUAAUGAACAUGGAGAGAAACUCUCUGAAGCUCUAACUCUGAAUGUUUUGUAUCCUCCAAAGAGCGUCUCAGUGUCCAUCAGUCCCUCUAGUGAAACAGCAGAGGGCAGUUCAGUGAAUCUGACCUGCAGCAGUGAUGCAAACCCACCUGUGCAGAACUACACCUGGUUUAAAGAAGGUGGAAGCUCACCUGUAGGAUCUGGACACAGUUACAUGGCUCCACAGAGAGGAUCCUACUACUGUGAGGCUCAGAAUGAACACGGAUCUCAGAAAUCAGCUGCAGUGACUGUAAAAGGGGUCUGGAAUUCAGCUCUAUAUGCAGUUAUUGGAGUCACAGCUGGAUGUGGAUGUUUAUCUGUUAUCAUUGCUGUAUUUUGUGUAAGGAGAAAGAGAAGAGGCAGUUCAGCUGAUGAUAAAAACCAGACACAGAACGUUGACCCUAAUGCUAAGGACGACACGUACACAGCUCUCGACCCCGUGUCCAGGUCCUCUGAUGAUGUGUACAACACACUUGCAACUGUUCAUUGCAGUCCUUCUGAUGAUCUGUACUCAGCUCUGGAUCCUCAGUCUCGCUCUCCUGAGUACGACACUCUAGCAACUGUCAGAAACAAACACUGAAACUGUCACCAUGGAAACCACCCAAACUGAAGUGAACCACCCAUCGAAAUCAGAUGAGCAAGAGAGAUAGAGAUAGAGAGAGAGAUAGAGAGACAGAGAGCGAGAGAGAGACAGAGAGACAGAUAGAGAGA